AUGUCAUUAAAAUUGGCCAUCGUGGGCGCUGGUCCAGCCGGGUGUAUGCUUGCUAGGUUGCUCCUCCACCAAUUACAACCUGACCACCUCAGCAAGACCGCUACCUCAUCCAGCGAUGUGCAGCCUAUAGAAGUAACCAUUUUCGAAGGGGAGCCAUCGAUUGACUUCCGAUCGCAGGGUGGCACACUAGACCUGCACACAAACACGGGUGUUUUGGCCCUGCAAAAAGCUGGCCUGUACGAGCAAUUCGAAGCACAUGCACGCUAUGACGGCGAAUAUAUGUUCUGGGGCGAUAAAGACCUUAGAGCGUACGUCAAACUAACCGGGGAAACCGGGCGGCCGGAAAUUGAUCGCGCGGAUUUGCGGAGGAUUCUAGUUGAAUCUUUACCUGAGAAUCUUAUACAAUGGAGGAAAAAAUUAGUUGACAUGAAAAGGAAAGAGGCAGAAAAGGGUGCAAAUCAAUGGGAGCUGGAAUUUGCGGAUGGAACCACAGCAUCAGGUUUUGACCUGGUUGUUGGCGCGGAUGGAGCGUGGAGUAAAGUUCGUUUUCUUACCUUAUCAGAGCAAAUGCCCUACUUCUCUGGAGUGGGUGGCUACAACUUUAUCAUCCCAGACGCCAAACGUACCGCGCCGGAUGCAUACGAAUUAGUGAAUAGAGGAAGUUGUUUCUGCUUUCACGGGGGUGACAAGCCUCACUCAGGGCGAGGAUUGAUGAGCCAGCAAUUAGCGAACGGGGACAUCACCGUUUCCGCAUACAGUGCGCGUUGGGAAGAUUGGGAGAAACACGCAGAUUACGACGUUAAUGACGGUGCGGCGGUUAAGAAAUUCGUGAUCGAAGAACAGUUUAGCGACUGGCAUCCGCGAUUACUUGACCAGGUCCGAAAAUCCGAUGAUAACAAUGUCACAUCUCGACCACUCUAUAUGCUACCGGUUGGGUUCACAUGGCCACAUCAGAAAGGCGUGACUAUAUUAGGCGAUGCGGCUCAUUUGAUGACUCCAUUCGCCGGUGAGGGAGUCAACCUUGCUUUUGAAGAUGCGAUGCAUCUCUGUGAUGCUAUCAAACAGACAAUUGAAAUCCUCAAACAGGGCGAAGAAAAGUCGUCUGUGGAGGAAAUCCUCGAUCAGAAUGUGGUUGUCUUCGAGAAGGACAUGAACCAACGUGCCACAUUAACUCAAACCCUCACCUUUGAGCAAACGACGGAUUUAUACUUGACACCAGGAGCACCGGGGAGUAUUGUUGAACGUUUUGUUUUGCGAAAUAUGAAGUUUCCUUUGCGUGGAGGAAAACGGGUUAUUUAUUAUCUGUUUUCUCCGGUCACCUCAGCAUUGGUUUACACCGGGUAUUGUGUUUAUAAAAAAUUCUUUUUGAAAUGA